CCCACUCCUGCCACUUCCAACUUCUCCACCACCUUUCUACACUACUAAUUGUCUUGGAAGACUCUUCACUCACUCGAGCUUCCACCACGCCCGUUCACAUACCAUCUUCCUCUCGUUAAAGCACCAUCCACCUUUGCGCCCAGACCACGACUUCUCUUCUCCCCCACGAAUAAUCUUCCGUCCACAUCCACAAUGAAGGGAACAAUCUUCGCUGUUGCCGCCCUCUCCGCGACUGGCGCCGUCGCGACCCCGGCCCUUGCGCCCAGGGCUUCCUCCACUAGCUCUAGCAAGACCCCCCAGGUUUCUGUCAAGGGUAACGCCUUCUUCGCUGGCGACAAGCGCUUCUACAUCCGCGGUGUUGACUACCAGCCCGGUGGUUCCUCCAAGGUCGCCGACCCCAUCGCCGACACCGAGGCUUGCGCGCGUGAUGUCAAGGAGUUCCAGAAGCUUGGUAUCAACACUGUCCGUGUCUACACGGUCGACAACUCCAAGAACCACGACGAGUGUAUGUCCAAGCUGGCUGAUGCCGGUAUCUACCUCGCCCUGGACGUCAACAGUCCCAACUACUCCCUGAACCGCAAGGAGCCCAAGAGUUCCUACAACGACGUCUACCUCCAGAACGUCUUCGCUACCAUCGACGCCUUCGCCAACUAUGACAACACCCUGCUCUUCUUCUCCGGUAACGAGGUCAUCAACUCCGAUGACACCACCGGCGCUGCUCCCUACGUCAAGGCCGUCACCCGUGACAUGAAGCAGUACAUUGGCAGCCAGGGCUACCGCUCGAUUCCUGUCGGUUACUCCGCUGCUGACGUCGACUCGAACCGCUUCGAGAUGGCCGAGUACAUGAACUGCGGUACUGACGACGAGCGCUCCGACUUCUUCGCCUUCAACGACUACUCCUGGUGCGACCCCUCUUCGUACGAGACUGCUGGCUGGGACAAGAAGGUCAAGCAGUACGGCGAGUACAGCAUUCCUCUUUUCCUGUCCGAAUUUGGCUGCAACACCAACAAGCGCAAGUUCGAGGAAGUCGAGGCUCUCUACUCCGAUAAGAUGACCGGUGUCUACUCUGGUGGUCUUGUCUACGAGUAUGCUGAGGAGGGUAACAACUACGGUCUUGCCAAGCUCUCGAGCGACUCUGCCACGGAGAACGACGACUUCACGGCUUACAAGAACGCCCUCGAGAAGACUCCCGCGCCCUCUGGCGACGGCGGCUACAAGAAGGACGGCAAGGCCUCCACUUGCCCGUCCAAGUCCAAGACCUGGGACGUCGACAGCGACUCGCUGCCCGCCAUCCCCGAGCCGGCCAAGGAGUACAUGACCAAGGGCGCUGGUGAGCGCAAGGGUCUCAAGGGCGGUUCGCAGAACGCCGGCACCCAGUCCAGCGGCACUGCGACCGCCGGCUCCGGUGAGGUCACUGCCACCGCCACUGGCGGCUCCAGCUCCAGCACCGGCGGCUCCUCUUCCGGCUCUGCUGCCAGCGGCCUGCGCGUCCCCGCUUUCGAGAUCGCUCCCCUCGUCUGCACCAUGGUCGUUCUCGGCUCCACCCUCUUCGGUGCCACCCUUCUGUAAGCGCUACACAAGAUCGUCGAUCACGCAUCUCAUCAUCGUGGUUGUUUCUUCGUUCUUGGGUCCGACGCGCGUCGGAUUAGUUCGCUUUUGCUUUUGUGCAUAAUAAGGGCGACGCAUGCAGCGGGUUCUGUUUUUCAUUCGAUUGGUUCCGGCGCGUUGGGACCGU